AUCUUCUCUUCCUCUGCUCUCGUGUCUCUUGAUCCCGAGUCGUUUCUGCCGGUCACUUCUAUUCUUCCAUCACCCCAGCGCAACAACAUCUCAACUCCUUCCACGUCGUUGAUCCAUCAUCAUGUCGGACGGCCAAGACCACGCCAACAACAACGGGGGCUACCACCUCGACAGCAACCAUGACCCCGAAGAUGCGUUGAGGAAGAUCCGCACCACGGGCAGCUUGUCCAUCUCGCCCGAGCUCUUCGAGAAGAUCUAUCUCUCCCCGCAGAACAAGGUCGCCGGUGAGCUUCGCAAGACUGUCGGUAACCCGACCCCAGUCGCGCUCGUCGGCUUCUUGCUCUCCCUCUCCCCAUUGUCCUUUGAUCUCAUGGGCUUGAGAGGCUCUGGUCCCAGCACCGGCUCCGCCGGCAUUGGCUUCUACAUCGGCUUCGGCGCCGUCUGCAUGUACCUGGGCGGUGUCGGCGAGUGGGUUCUCGGAAACACCUUCCCCGCUACUGUCUUCAUCUCCUUCGGUGGCUUCUGGACCGCCUUUGCCUUGACUCUGACCCCCUACACUGGUGCCAUCUCGAACUACUCCACCAAUGGCACUCUUGCCGGUGGCCUCAAGAGCGCCGAAUUCGCCUCCAGCUUGGCCUUCAUCCUGGUCUUCAUGGGUGUGCUCUGCUUCGUCUACCUGCUCAUCGCCCUCCGCACCAACUUGGUCUUCGUCCUCAUCUUCCUGCUCCUCGUCCCAUCCUUUGGCUGUCUCUGCGGCUACUACUGGAACGCCGCCAAGGGCAUCAUGAAGCCGGAGUUGCUCGUGACCGCCGGUGCCCUUACGUUUGUCAUUGACGUUCUCGGCUGGUACCUGGUUAUCGCCAUCUUGCUCGCCGCCGUCGACUUCCCCUUCUCCCUUCCCGUCGUCGACUUGUCCCACCUCAUCAAGGGUGCCAGCGACCGCGCCCGCGAACGGUCCGAGGCUUAAAUCGCGCAAAGCAUCAGAACGCGGAAAGCAGAGGCGUGGCGUCUGUUCUGUUUGCCUUGUGUUUGCGCGUGCAGUCUCUUUUGAAAUACCCCCCGAGUCGAGUGAGAAUUGCGCGGUCGCGACUUCACACUUUUGGCGAUGCCUUCGCACGGAAGCACGGAAGGAGGAGGCCCUCUACUCGCGCGUUCGCUGGUUGGAUGUC